AUGCACAUCGAAUUAUUAUUGAUAUUGAUAUUAUUAUUAUUAUUAUUAUUAUUAUUAUUAUUAUUAUUAUUAUUAUUACUAUUAUUAUUAUUAUUAUUAUUAUUAUUAUUAUUAUUGUUAUUAUUAUUAUUAUUAUUAUUAUUAUUAUUAUUAGUCUUCGAGUCGAUUCUAGAAGCAAUAGGGGUCCCGUAUGUCACGAUUCUCGUAUUCUGUUUGACAUUAGGAUACUACGCUGGUGUGUAA